AACUUGUGCAGUCAAGUUAGGUUGCAUGAAGUUUACUCAAUAAAUUUAAAAACAUUAUUCCGCGAUUUCUUUAAAACCUUAGAUAUUUAGUUCAAACUUUCAAUCAUCUCAAAUUUGUCUUUAGCCAUGAUCUCUUCCACCUUCAACUUCUCAUCAACAGCAAUUUGGAAAACACUUGCAUUUUCAACAUUAAUCCUCAUCGUCCUAAUCAUUUUCUCGAACCAACCCAAUUCUCUACAGACCGAUAUCAUUCAUGUUGCAACUAAUCAGUCCUUCUUACCACUCAACACCACAAACAUUUCCCAUCUUGUUUUUGGACUUGUGGGGUCUACAAAAGCAUGGCGCUAUCGGAAAUCCUACAUCGAGUCAUGGUGGCGUCCAAACACCACCCGCGGAUACCUCUAUCUUGACAGGACCCCGACUGAUGAUCUCUUGCCAUGGUCACAGAAUUCUCCUCCUUUUCGUAUUUCUGAUGAUAAUUCAAAGUUAUUGGUAGAAACGAAGCAUGUUGCACCAAUCAUGGUGCGGAUGGUGCAUGCAGUUAUCGAGGUUUUUAGGGAAGAGAGAGAAGGGGUACGAUGGUACGUCAUGGGAGAUGAUGACUCGAUCUUUUUUGUUGACAAUUUGGUGGAUGAACUAUCGAAAUAUGAUCAUACUAAGUAUAUAUACAUUGGAGGUCAUUCAGAGAGUAUAAUCUCGAAUCAAGUUUACUCGUAUGACAUGGGAUUUGGUGGAGCUGGACUCAUAUUGAGUUAUCCGUUGGCAAAGAUGGUGCAACAAAAUAUUGAAGACUGUUUUAGAAGGUAUCCGUAUUUGAACAGUGCAGAUCUGAUUUUGAUGACUUGUGUGAAUGAUUUUGGAGUUUCAGUGACUCCUCAUCAAGGUCUUCAUCAGAUGGAUAUACGUGGAGAUGCAUCAGGAUUUCUAUCUGCCCAUCCAAGAGUUCCAUUACUUUCCCUUCAUCAUUUCGACCACAUAGAUCCUAUUUUUCACUCUAUGGAUCGAUUCGAAUCCACAAAUCAUCUCAUGAAAGCUGCAAAUGUCGAUCAACCUCGUUUGAUUCAACAAACCAUAUGUUACAAUAGAAAUUUGAAUUGGUCAUUUUCAGUUUCAUGGGGCUACUCGGUUCAUAUCUAUGAGAAACUCAUACCUCGUAGCAUCCUAAAGAUCCCACUUGAGACCUUCAAGCCAUGGAUACAAAAAGCCAAGCCACCUCUUUACAUAUUCAACACAAGAACACUUUCAAAUGACCCAUGUGCAACUCCUCAUGUAUUUUCAUUCGAGUCCAUAAAGAAUAUCAAUGAUUAUGAAAGUAAAAUCAUUACAAGUUAUACUCGCUUUGGUUCACGUGGGUUACCAACAUGUGGAUUCGCAAACAAUCAUUCUGUAGAUUCCGUUUCAAGAAUUAACGUUGUUUCACCGAAUAGAAAACCCAACCAAAAUGGGAAAACAGAAUGUUGCGAUGUACUUGAGAUUGAUGACAUGGGAGUCGCAAAGCUAAAUUUGAGGGAUUGCAUGAACGAUGAGUUAAUUGCAUGAGAUUAAGUUUUUCAGAACUAUAAUAUUCUAAUUGUGAAUUGUGAUCAAGUUUCUUUUAAUUUAACAUUAUCAAUGAACUUGAAGUUUGUAUUAAUUAAGCAUAUGUCAAAAACCUUCGUUGACUUUUUCUUGGG